UAAAAAAAUAAAUAUAUAAACAACAGAUCGGAAACGAAUCAGAGUUUAUACAUCAACUCCUAAUAACCCUUUGAUUAACUCCUAGCCCUCCAUGUCUGUCUCCCCUGAAUCUGCAGUCGAAGCUCAUCAACCUCACAGUCAUAAUUGUCAGAGACAACGUCCAUCUCCAGCCACCACCAGGGCCACUAAUCGCCGCCAGAUAACCACCACUCACCAGGAUAAAGUGUAUGAUUCCAGUGAGCUUUCUCUAACUGAACAAAUAUGUUGUUUUCUUAUCUUGCUGCCGCUAGUUACCCUCAUGGGGCUAAUAGUAUAUUAUUUAGUAAAAGACGGGAACAAAUUUGAAACACCAACAUUCCUCAUUGACUCGGCCAAAGUUUAUCCUUUUGAUAUAUCUUCGUCUAAUAUAACAGCAAAUUGGAAUAUCACCGUCUCCAUAGGCUACAUUGGUGAUGAUCGGAGUCCAUUCUAUUAUGAAAAUAUGGAGGCUUCUCUUUUGUUGAAAAAUGAGCGUGUUUGUUCUACAAAGAUAGGAAAUCUAUAUGAGGAUUAUGAGGGUGAUAAUCUUAAGGUGGUGGAUGUGUUUCUUAAAUCCUCACUAGCAAGCAUGAACCGAACUGUUGCAGAAGCUGUUAUGGGGGAGAAGAGAGAAAAUGGAGUUGUGACCUUCUCUUUCGAGUUGAAUUGCAUUGGUACAAUGUAUUAUUAUUCAAGAAGUGAAACGGAAAAAAAAAGGAAGAUGAAGGUCUUAUGUAAGGAUUUGAAGAUCAGAUUUUCUGCUAAUACUACUUCUAAAGCAGGAACUUUGGUAACUCCACAUGGACCAAUCUUCUGUGAUGUCUCUGUCUUCCAUUGUUGUUAAUUUCUCGAUUUUGUCAGUUUCUGAUUUAUGUGGCUCUAAGUGCUUCUAUCUAUUUGAAUUAAUGUGAAUAAGAUAUGGAGAAAUUCUCUACUUCAUUAGCUUUA